CUUUGAAACAGCUGCAGCAAAAUCCCCCAACACCCAAACGCUCCAGCAGGCCACCCAUUCUCAAAAUCUAAAUUUCCUGCAUUUACCAUUCCUAGCUCAAAACCGAGAACGAACAGCAACUAUGGAGUCUGCAGCCUCAGGGACUCCGCUGUUUUUUUUUGUUUCUCCAGAGAUAGGGGCAGUGACCUCGGGUUCAGUAUCAGUCAGGGUAAACACUCGCCUCUCGCAUUUUUCCAUUUCUCUCUCUGGAACAAUCAUGGAAAUGCAAGCUGUUAACUCCAUGAGCUAUGAACAGUUUAUCGAUGUGUUUGGGAAUGUGAUUGAGAAAUUUCCCCUCAUUGCAGCUGCAGUUUGGACAAAGCGUCCCUUUCCAAGUGUGAGCGCUUUAGAGCAAAACUUUGCAGAUUUUAUAGAUUCCUUGCCUCGGUCAGGGAAGGAGGGAAUUCUACGAUGCCACCCAGACCUAGCUGGGAGAGAUCUUCUCAGAGGAACACUCUCCCUUGAAUCGCAGGCUGAGCAGAACCAAGCUGGGCUAACCAUCCUCACUGCUGGCCAGAGAUCACAGCUGAGUGAGCUAAAUGCUGCUUACAAGAACAAAUUCCACUUCCCAUUUGUGAUCUGUGCCAGGAUGAAUGAUAGGGAAAGCAUAACGCACCAUCUCCGCAGCAGGAUCCGCAACAGCUCAGAGCAGGAGCUUCAAAUCAGUAUUAAAGAGGUUCUAAAAAUCUGCCACCUCCGUCUUUUAGAUAUCAUCAGGCCAGCUGUCCACUCUAUCAAGCUUUAAUAAGACAGCAGGAAUUAACAUUUCGAGUCUGGUGACUCUUCAUCAGAACAAAGGGAAGACACCAGGAAUUCACUGAAGUAGACUAUCAACUCCAAAGGAAAUCUGUGAAUCAUCUUAUACAAUGCAGAAUGUAAUAUCUCAAAUUGAAUAAAUCACAUUGGGAAAGCAAUAAGUGCAGCAAAACUACACAUGAAUCGUUUUGUUUG